GCGUAUUUAUAGCUGCCGAUGGCGUCCAAGGUCCGGGUGCAUGCGACGGGGUCGAGCAACCGUCUUCUCUGUGGCACCGAGACGCCUCCGCCGCCGACGCCGCGUGCGCCGUCGAGGGCGGCACCGACGACUCCUCGCUUCGUGCGGCCGGCCACGUGCGCCACACCAACCCCGACGGCACCGCUCGGCGAGACGGCCUCCAACCAAACGGAGGCGAGUGCACCAGAGCGACCGCUUGAACCGCCUCACAAGGCAUCAUCAGACGUGGGUCGUGGCGCGCUGACGCGGCAGAGUCGGCGCACAAGCAUGAAGAGCGACGCCGUGCGGCCUCCGACGGCCUCCGACGACCAGACACUCGAGAGCAGCGCCAAAGAGGCAGCCGUCGCCGAGUUUGUGGCGCUUUUGCAAGCCAAGUACGAGUGCACCAAGUCGCUGCGCGCUGCGUUCCGAUCAUGGGACAUCAACCACGACGGGCACCUCUCGCAAGGCGAAAUGAAGGACAUGUUUACGACCAUGGGUUGGGCCUCGUCGCUCGGCCAAGAGAAAGCCGACGCCCUCAUCCGCAGCGUCCUGGACCCGCGGACGCAGUGUGUGUCGUACCAUGCGUUUUGCCAGCUUGUGCUGCCCUCUCAGCCCAUGGAGAAGCCGCAGCGCCAGCACAUUUUGCAAGAAAUUGAAUUUGGCCAAUCGGUGCUUGGCGACCUCUUGGGCGACCCCGCCGAGUCGGGGCCCGAGAUGAGCGCCCGGCACAUGGUCUACACGCUACGCAACAAAUACGAGAAAAUGAAGCUGGGCACGGUGUUUCGCCUCUGGGAUCAAAACAAAGAAGGCAAAUUGAGCCUCGAUAUGAUUCUCAAAAACCUCGAGAAACAAAACAUCAACGUGUCGAGCGACACGGUCCUAGAACUGCUGCACACGUACGACGCGGACAAGGACGGCAUGCUCAACUUUUACGAGUUUGCCAAUAUUAUGAACGGUCCCGUGCUCCAAGGCCACGACCGCGUUCUUUUGCGCAAGCUUCGUCGGUCCGACGUCGUGGCGCCGCCGCCCACCAACGUGGCGCCACCCCCCGACAACGUCGAUGCCGCCAAGCUCAGCGAGACCGUGUAUUCCAAGCUCAGAGUCUACAAAAACCGGAUUUUGCAAAGUUUUGGCGACAUGGACGACGACAGCAGCGGCAAGCUCUCGUAUGCUGAAUUCCGCCACGGGUUGAUGAAGAAGGGCAUCGUACUCAGUGAAGCCGAGUUUCGCCACCUCACCAACGACAUGGACUCUGACCACGACGGGCUCAUUUCGCUUUGGGAAUUUACGACGCAGUUUAAACAGCUCAUCAAGAUGGACGAAGCCAAGGACUUUGGGCUGCAGUCGUCGCUGCCAUCCAGUUGGGCUGAAGAGCCCUUACCAGCCAAGCCCGAGCACGGCACUCUACCUAAAUUUGACUUUGACCAGCUCCGAGCGCGAACGACUGUACCCACACGCAGCGGACGGACGCCACGUGGCGACACCAAGGAGCUUCUCUGCGGCCCAAAGUCGCCGUUGAAUCCAUGGCGGUUUGCCAACGAAGGACGGUUGCGCUUCGAACCCGAGUCAGCACAGUAUGGUCGUGGCGACAGCGUCAAUAGCGUCGCCAGCGUCGACAAGGAGCGCCAGCGAGUGCGGCACGCCUACAUUCAGGGCCAAAUGGCCCAGAUGCGCGUGGAUGAGCAGGCGCGGGAAGACGCCGUGCUUGCGCGCCAUCAGCUGCGCGAGAAAGCCAAAAUCGAAGACCACAUUCGCCAGCGCACGCAGUACUACAUGCGUCUCAAGCAGCGGGCCGAGCGCGAUACGCGUCUCUUUGACUAGAAUAUAAUUGUUGCUGCAAUCAAAAAGAAUCGAAUCAAUG